AUGCUGCGCCAUACACGUCGGGCCUUCCGGCCGAGGGUGAUGAGUGCCGCCGAGUCUGUCCAGGACAUUCACGAUGGUGCCACCAUCGCGGGCGGUGGUUUUGGUUUUUGCGGCUUCCCGUUCGAGCUGUUCGACGCCGUCAACGCCACCAAGGCGAAGAACCUCACGGUGAUUGGGGCGACAAUGGGCGGUGUGGACAGCGGCUUUGGUCCGCUUGCGCGAGACGGGCAGCUAAAGAAGGCCAUCACCACCUACGUUGGCGAGAACCCGCUGUUCACGCAGCACCUCUUUCACGGCGAGUUCGAGGUGGAGUUUUGCCCCAUGGGCACGUUGGUGGACCGGCUGCGCGCUGCGGGUGCCGGGCUGCCCGCCUUCUACACCCCCACCGGCUACGGCACAGCGGUAGCCGAGGGCCGCCUCCCUGUGCGCUUUGCGCCGGGCAAGCCCGUGAGGGUGGCCGAGUACAGCCAGCCACGCGAGACGCGGCAGUUCAACGGGCGGUGGUGCACGCUGGAGAUGGCGCUGCCAGCGGACUUUGCGCUUGUGCGCGCGUGGAAGGCGGACAGGCGCGGCAACCUCGUGUUCCGCGGGACAACGCAGAACUUUAACCUUGCGUCCGCGAAGGCUGCGAAGGUGUGCAUCGCGGAGGUGGAGGAGAUUGUGGAGUGCGGGGAGCUAGACCCGAAGACGGUGCACCUGCCCGGCGUGUAUGUGCACCGCCUGGUGUGCCCACCGAACAUCAGGAGAGCCGCCGAGUUCGUGGUGGAGCGCAAGCCCGGGUUCUCGACGGGGACGGGGAAGAACGCGCAUGCAAGCCGCAAUCUCAUAGCUCGCCGCGCAGCCCUUGAGAUCAAGGAUGGCAUGACUCUGAACCUUGGCAUUGGCAUCCCCAACAUGGUGGCGAGCUACAUUCCGCCGGAGAUGGACGUGGUGCUGCAGGGAGAAAACGGCUUACUCGGCAUUGGCCCCUACCCGCUGCCGGAGGAGGUGGACCCCGACAUCACUAACGCCGGCAAGCAGACUAUCACCAUGAGCAAGUCAGGCGCUUCGCUGUUCGACAGCGCCGAGUCCUUCAGCAUGAUUCGCGGUGGCCAUUUGGACUUGACGAUGCUUGGCGCGCUGGAGGUCUCUGGCACCGGCGACAUUGCCAGCUGGUGGAUACCUGGCAAGCUGCUGAAGGGCAUGGGUGGCGCCAUGGAUCUGGUGGUGUGCGGUUGCAAGACAAUCGUGUUGAUGGAGCACACGGACAGGGAGGGUAAGUCGCGCAUCGUUGAGAACUGCAGGGCACCCGUCACGGGUCGUGAUUGCGUUGAGAUGAUUAUCACGGAUCUGGCCGUCUUUGUUGUGAAGAAGGCGGCUGGAGGUGUGAGGUCGCUGGUCUUGACGGAGAUUGCCGAGGGUUUGACGGUGGAGGAGGUAAAGCUCAAGACUGAGGCACCCUUCGCCGUGUCUGCGGACCUCAAGACGAUGCCGUUGGCGCCUGUUCCAAGUCAAGUGUAG